AUGCGGGUUUUGGCUCAAACCAUAACAUGGUCAGAUCUUGCCCGUGUAGAUGUAGAUGAAUGUGGCCAUGAAGGUCGAACAGCUUUACGAGCUGCCGCAUGGAGUGGGCAAAAAAGCAUUGUAAUUAGACUCUUAGAAUACAACGCGGAUGUAAAUAAAAAGGAUGUUGAAGGAAGGUCAGCUCUUAUGGCUUCAUCUUACAAAAAUCAUUUCGAUAUCGUUUCAAUAUUACUUCAAGCUGGCGCCGAUCCUAAUUUAGCCGAUAAAUCAGGAGCAACAGCUUUACAUCUUGCUUUAUCCAAUCAAUCUGAUGUAUAUGAUCGUCACCAAACUAUUAUCGAACUUCUUCAAAAUGGAGCCGACGUGAAUUUAGAGGAUAUCAAUGGAUGGAAUUGUGUUCAUGUUGCAGCCUACCAUGGUGACUUAAAUCUGGAAUCUAUCAUUAAAAGCUGCCGCAAUGUUGAUGCUCAGCCAAUAGAACUAGAAUAUGGUGAAAAGUUCCAGGAUAAAAGUGGCCGUACAGCAUUAAUGCUAGCAGCUUGUCUAGGAAAUACUCGAUCUUGUCAACAGUUGAUUGAUCACGGCGCGGACAUCGAUUUCAUUGACAAUGAAGGGAGAACAGCAUUGAUACACGCUGCAAUACAUAAUAAUCUUGAAAUAGUUCAGUUGUUACUCAAUCUCGGUGCUGAUGAAGCGCAUAAGGAUAACGAUGGUGCGGUUGCACUUCAUUUUGCUGUAUCUCAUCGGAAUCUUGAUUUAUGUUCAGCGCUAUGUACUUCUGUGACCGUACAAAUAUCAGAUAAAUAUGGAAAUCAUCCUUUAAUAAUAGCUGCUCAGCGAUCGGAUGUUAAAGUAAGUAAAUCUGAAGUCGUGCAACUGCUUUUGGAUACCGGUGCUCCAAUUAAUCUCCAAUCGCAUAAUGGUCAGUCAGCGUUGCGUUCUGCUGCGCUGGCCGGAAAUGAUUCGAUAGUAAAAUGUUUAGCAGCUCAUGUAUCAGUCAGCGGUGAAAAAUGCGAUUUAAAUCAAUGUGAUCUAAAUGGCACUCCUUUACUUCAUGCCUUAAUUGUUGCACGAAAUAUGCAAAUGGUUUCACUACUUUUGGAUCUUGGCUGUUCAAUAUCUUCCUGUGAUUCUUAUCAUAGAUAUUCUACACAUUUCGUGGCUCAGGCAUUUUUUUCAAUUUUUAAUAGAUCAGAAUAUUUCAUAAUAAUAACUGGUUUGCAUGCUGCAAUCUUAAAAGAACAUGGUGGUAAUUUCGAAGCUCAGGAUGAAGCGGGAAGAACACCAUUAAUGACAGCUGUUUGGGCAUCAAAUUAUGACAUUGCUUAUUUUUUAUUGGAAGAUAUCGGGGUGCAACCAAAUGAAAUAGACUAUGAGGGUGCUACUGCUUUAAAUAUAGCUGCACAUAUUGGUCAACGGGAUUUAGUAAUACUUUUACUAAAGUUUGGAGCAGAACCAUCACAUUGCGAUAAACUAGGACGAACUGCCGCUGAUGUCGCACAACUUGCGGGGCAUGAAUCUAUAAGGCAAAUUCUAAAAAAUGCAAGUGGUUCAGCUGACAGUUCAGGUUUUGGGUCAUUACCUAUGAGUCCAUCUGAUCAAACAAUGAAGUAUAUUCAGAAAAAACCCGAUAUUCGUGCUAAUACUGUUAAUUUCACUUGUCAGAAAGCAUUGUCCCACUAUUUGCCUCAUUCCUAG